AUGUUGUUCAAAGCUCUCACCCUCGCUUUCAUCACCAUCGCCAUCGUCUCCGCUUACCCCGAUGGCGCAUCCAACGCCCUAAACAGGCGGACCUACACCCAAUACUGCGGCGAAGCCACCUGGGUCCCACCCAAAGGCUCAACCCUGGGGUACUGCAAAUGUCCCUACGAAGGGCAAAUCUACAAGCAGUACUCCUGCGACUGCCCUGACGCACAGACCCUCAAGAAUAGAAAGUGCGUCAACAAGUGCCCUGAUUUUUCAAAGUACAAGCCUGGUAGCUAUGGUAGCUGGUCUUGUAUCUGCGAUGAUGAAGGGGCUAGUUGGUCUGCUUCUUCGGGGCAGUGUAGCUGCAAGUCUGGAAAGGAGUCUGUUCAGGGAAAGUGUGUUGAUAAGUGUCCUGGAGGUACUACUCGACAGGGUGAUGGGUCAUGCAAGUGUAACGAUCCCAAGAAGGAGCCCUUCAAAGGGUCUUGUGUGGAUAAGUGCCCUCAAUACUCGACUCGCCAGGAUGACGGUAGCUGCAAGUGUCAGGGUGACAAGGACUUGGUCAAGGGAGUUUGUGUCGACAAAUGCCCUCAGUAUUCCACGCGUCAACCUGAUGGCAGCUGCAAGUGCAAUGAUCCGAACAAGGAGAUCAGCAAGGGUUCUUGUGUGAACAAGUGUCCUAAGGAUACUUCACGACAAGCUGAUGGGUCUUGCAAAUGUGACGACGGCAGCAGGGAACUCGUCGAAGGCGUUUGUGUUUCGACAUGCCCUACCGGCUCAACACGUCAGAGUGACGGCUCAUGCAAGUGCACAGACGACAAGCAAGAGGUCGUCAAGGGAGCAUGUGUACCUGUUUGCCCAAAGGAUGCGACUCGCCAGAACGACGACUCAUGUAAAUGCGACGAUGCCAGCAAGAAACUAGUCAAGGGCUCAUGCGUGGCUGUUUGUCCUAAGGAUUCGACCCGUCAGAACGAUGACACCUGCAAAUGUGAUGCAGACAGCCAGGAAAUCAUCAAGGGCAUUUGUAUUCCAGUCUGCCCGGCUAAUUCUACACGACAAGGCGAUGAUACAUGCAAGUGUGACGCAAAUGGUGAGGAAAUCGUCAAGGGAGCUUGUGUAUCCGUUUGUCCAAAAGAAUCCACGAGACAACAGGAUGACACGUGCAAGUGUGAUGCAGAGGAUUCUGAGAUCGUCAAGAAUACCUGCGUCCCAGUUUGCCCCAAGGACUCGAAGAGGCAAGACGACGAUACUUGCAAAUGCGACGCUGACGACCAAGAGAUCAUCAAAAAUAUCUGUGUUCCUGUAUGUCCUAAGGAUUCCACGAGACAGGGGGACGAUACCUGCAAGUGUGACGCAGAGGGUAACGAGAUUAUCAAGAACACCUGCGUACCUGUUUGUCCCAGAGAUUCGACAAGGCAAGAAGAUGGCACUUGCAAGUGCGAUGAGGAUAACUACGAGAUCAUCAAGAAUGUUUGCACUCCUGCUUGCCCUGAUAAAUCGACCAGACAAGAGGACGAUACGUGCAAGUGUAACGAUGACGGCUAUGAGAUUGUCAAAGGUACUUGUGUGCCAGAGUGUCCUAAAGACUCGAGUCGCCAAGAGGACGGCAGUUGUAGAUGCAACGAAGAUGGCUUUGAGAUUGUGAAGGACACAUGUACAGCUGAAUGUCCCAAGGACUCAAAGCGGCAAGAUGAUGGAAGCUGUGUUUGCGACACUGAGGUCUAUGAGAUCGUCAAUGGCGAGUGCAAAGAAGAAUGCCCCAAAGACUCAGAGCGUCAGGAAGACCAGUCUUGCAAGUGUACUACUGAUGGCUACGAGAUCGUCAGUGGGGAAUGCAAGCCUGAGUGCCCUGAGGGAUCUAUGCGUCAGCAGGAUGAAACCUGUAAGUGUGACACCGACGGCGAUGAACUCGUGAAGGGAGAGUGUAAGCCCGGGUGUCCCGACAAAAGUACUCGCCAAGAAGAUGGAACAUGCAAGUGUACUGCUGACGGUCAUGACAUCGUUGGUGGUGAGUGCAAACCGCAAUGCCCUGAAGGAUCGACCCGCCAGCAAGAUAACACCUGCAAAUGUGAUACUACUGGGUACGAGAUCGUCCAGGGAGAAUGCAAACCCGAAUGUCCCAAGGAUUCCUCACGCCAAGAAGACGGUACCUGCAAAUGCACCGCAGCCGGCCAUGAAAUAGUCAAUGGCGAGUGUAAGCCAGAAUGUCCCAGUGGCUCCACCCGCAACGACAAAGACAUCUGCAUCUGCGAUGACACCCUCGCUGAGCUAGACUCCAAAAACACUUGCACCUGCAAAUCAGGCAACGAACCCGUCAAAGACAAAUGCACCCCCAAAUGCUCCGACGGUUCAAACCGCGACACCGAAGGCAACUGCGUCUGCAGCAAGCCCAACACCGUCCUAUCUGAUAAGAAGUGCGUCUGCAAGGAUGGCUACAAACCCACCAAGAAGGGCUGCAAGAAAGACUGCGGUACACAGGCUUACGAUAAAGACGAUCUAUGUGUGUGCAAAAAGGCUGGUCAGACGCUUAACCAAGACAAGACUUGUGCGUGCCCUACUGAUACGCGCUGGAACGGCAAAAUGUGCGCCUCGAACUGUGGCUCCGACGCAUGUUGGAGUAACUCUGCCAAAGGAUGCGUGUGCAACAAAGACGGCAUGAAUUUCGACAGUGCCACAAAAACAUGUUCUUGUCCCGAUAAGCUAGUCUACUCUGACGGGCAAUGCCACAUCGACUGUGGCAAACUCGCCACAUGGCACAAAAGGUCCCAAACCUGCGUUUGUCCCAAAAAGGGCCAGAGCUUUAACCCAACUACCCUCGGCUGCGGAUGCACAGGCGGUAAGAUCUGGAGUGGCAAAGAAUGCAUCACUGACUGUGGAGACUACGCGUCCUAUAACACUCGAUCUGAUACGUGCGUUUGUGACAAGAAGGGGCAGGUGUUUGAUGCAGAUGAAAAGACCUGUGGAUGCCCUGGUGGAAAGGUUUGGUCGAAGAAUCAGUGUACUGUUGACUGUGGGGAUGCGGCGAGUUGGGAUGGGUAUGCGAAGAAGUGUGUUUGUGAUAAUGGGAACCUUGUCUGGGCGGAUAAGAAGUGUACCUGUGGAAGUGGACGGAAGAUGAGCGGGAAGGGAUGUGUUAGAUCUAGGUUUUGA